AUGGCUGCGGUCCUGGUGAUCUGGGCGGGUGUGGAGUUGAAGAAUUAUAUUGCCAAGAAAGAGGCGCAGAAGAAGGGGAAGAAGGGAAAGAACGAGGAGAGAUAUGAGGAAUUGAGGGCCGAGACGGCGAGGCGGUGGAGUGGGUAUCGGGCGAUGCCUGGGUCGUACGAAGAGGAGGACGAGGACGAGGAUGAGGAUGAGGAAGGACGCCGGAGCUUGCGGGGACAGCUGCCGUCGUAUGAGCAGAGCGUGGCGGCGGAUGCGCAGAGGGCAUCUUCUUCUUCGACGACGACACGCACACGGACGAGGAGGCGACCGAAUGCCGUCAAGAGGCGUGGUAUGCCUGCGGAUCCCUCUCUCCGUGAGGCCUUCCGCUCGUUUGUUCGUCGAAGGGAUUGA